UCAUUGUUUGGGUAGUUUCAUUUCUUAUUUCACAGCUCUGUCUCUUGUCUUUUCUAGGAGUCGGAUUCUGAAUUCACAAUAUCUCAGGCUGCUUGGAGUCUUAAGACACGAGCAUUAACAGAAAUGGUUUAUGUUGAUGAAAUUGAUGUGGAUCAGGAGGGGAUAGCAGAGAUGAUACUUGAUGAAAAUGCCAUUGCUCAAGUUGCACGUCCAGGAACUUCUUUGAAACUCCCUGGAACCAGUCAGGGGGGUGGUCCUAGUCCAGCUGUUAGGCCAGUGACUCAGACAGGAAGACCUAUUACUGGGUUUGUGCGACCCAGCACACAAGGUGGACGGCCAGGCACUAUGGAACAGGCUAUAAAAACUCCUAGAACAGCCCACACUGCUCGCCCAAUUACCAGUGCUUCUGGGAGAUAUGUCAGACUAGGAACGGCAUCAAUGCUCACAAACCCAGAUGGCCCUUUCAUAAACUUGUCCAGACUGAAUUUAGCAAAAUAUGCUCAAAAACCAAAGUUGGCAAAGGCAUUGUUUGAAUACAUUUUUCACCAUGAAAAUGACGUUAAGAACGCUUUAGAUUUGGCAGCACAUGCAACAGAACAUGCACAAUAUAAGGACUGGUGGUGGAAGGUUCAGAUUGGGAAAUGCUACUAUAGGUUAGGAUUAUAUCGCGAAGCUGAAAAACAAUUUAAGUCAGCUCUCAAGCAACAAGACAUGAUAGAUACAAUACUAUAUUUGGCAAAAGUGUAUUUGCGCUUGGAUCAACCUUUGACAGCUUUAAAUCUUUUCAAGCAAGGAUUAGAUCGAUUUCCUGGAGAAGUGACCCUCCUCUGUGGGAUUGCCAGAAUCCACGAGGAAAUGAACAACAUCUCCUCAGCUUCAGAGUACUACAAAGAUGUCUUAAAACAAGACAACACUCAUGUGGAAGCCAUUGCAUGCAUUGGUAGUAACCACUUUUAUUCAGACCAACCUGAGAUAGCACUGCGGUUUUACAGGCGGCUCCUGCAGAUGGGUGUUUAUAACUGCCAACUUUUCAACAAUUUGGGACUUUGUUGCUUCUAUGCCCAGCAAUAUGACAUGACUCUGACCUCAUUUGAACGUGCACUUUCUUUAGCUGAAAAUGAGGAGGAGGCAGCAGAUGUUUGGUACAAUUUGGGACACGUGGCUGUGGGAAUAGGGGACCUGAACUUGGCCUACCAGUGCUUCAAGCUUACCCUAGCCAGUAACAAUGACCAUGCAGAAGCUUACAACAACUUGGCUGUUCUGGAGAUGCGAAAAGGUCACAUUGAGCAGGCAAGAGCUUUGCUACAGACUGCUUCAUCUUUAGCACCUCAUAUGUAUGAGCCCCAUUUUAAUUUUGCAACACUCUCUGAUAAGGUUGGGGAUCUCCAGAGGAGUUACAUAGCUGCUCAGAAGUCAAAAGAAGCAUUUCCAGAUCAUGUAGAUACACAACUGCUCAUCAAACAGUUAGAACAGCAUUUUGCCAUGCUUUGACUCAGUGUUUUUAUCAAGUUAAAAGCUCAAAUGAUUUCCACUAGAGCUAGCACCAAACAUGUUUACAACAUGAUAUCUGAGAAUUAUACAUGGGCAUCUUUUUAAUCCAGGAGCCACAGAAACUAGUACAGGUAGCAGAAGAGGUUUAGGGAAUCUUGAACUGACUUGUAU